GCAGGGUGCGGAGGAGCACGUCACAGCAAGGGAGGGGGCUCACCAAGCCAGCCGGCCUGUCUGCCUGCCUUUUAAAACGUCACAUGCGUGUCAGUCGGUGUGCAGCUGCUUCCAAACCUCUCUGCAGGCACACUGUCUUGGCCACAGGCUCAACAUGGAAGAAGGGAGCGGCAUUCUGAAAGAGGGCUUUCUUGUUAAAAAGGGGCAUGUUGUCCACAACUGGAAAGCAAGAUGGUUUGUUCUUUUACAAGACAGGCUGCUCUAUUAUAAAAUUGUGGGAGGAAAGAAGGAGUCUUCACCAAAGGGCAGGAUUCUUCUGGAUGGUUGCACUAUCACCUGCCCAUGUUUGGAAUACGAGAACAGACCGUUGGUCAUUAAACUGAGGACCAAAACCAACACAGAAUAUUUCCUUGAUUCUUGCUCCCGAGAAGAACGAGACUCUUGGGCACUGGAUAUAACUGGAGCCAUUCAUGCUGGCAAUCCAGUGCAAGUCCAGCAACUUCACCUCCAGAAAAAUUCCUUCAAAUUGCCUUCAAAUAUCAGUCUGAAUCAAAUUAUAGACAAAAUGCAUGACAACAGCAAUGGAAUUAAGUUGACGCCUAACACAAGACAAGGCAGCAUAUACAAAGAAAGCUUUACAGGUUCUAAGUUGGUGGACUGGCUGAUAUCCAGUAGUUUUGCAGCCUCCCGACUAGAGGCAGUCACACUGGCCUCUAUGCUGAUAGAAGAAAAUUUUAUCAAGCCCGUGGGAGCCCAGAGUGUUGAAGCCAUGAGGAAUGGUGAUUUGGCUGAGCAAUUUUUAGACGACUCUACUGCACUGUACCUAUUUGCUGAAAGCUAUAAGAAGAAAAUAAUCUCCAAAGAAGAGAUUCAUCUCAACAUUCUUGAACUGAGUGGUACAAUCGUAAAACAAGGCUUUUUAAUAAAGCAGGGUCACAAAAGAAAAAACUGGAAGGUGAGACACUUUGUCCUGAGGGCUGAUCCUGCUUUCCUACAUUAUUAUGAUCCUACAAAGGAGGAUAACAGACCUGCUGGUGGGUUUUCUCUCCGUGGCUGCCUUGUCUCAGCAUUAGAAGAUAAUGGAGUCCCAACAGGAGUGAAAGGAAAUGUGCAAGGCAACCUUUUCAAAAUCAUCACAAAGAAUGACAUUCACUACUACAUUCAAGCUAGUUGCAAAGCUGAAAGGUCUCAAUGGAUUGAGGCUAUCAAACAAGUCACAUAAGAAAUGUCCUAGUGUGUACAUAUGGGAAAAUGGGAAAAACUUCAGGCGUUAACUUGUUGCUGUCUGAGUAUACAGAAGCUAGGUUUGAGAUCCACUACUGACUUACUUAUUCAAGCAAGAAGUGUCCAUCUGACAAAGAUUUUUUCUAUGAAACAGAAAUACAAGUUAUAUUAUACUAGGUGUGUCUCAAGAUCUGUAAAUUUUGGUAACUCAUGCCUAUUUUUGCCAGUUUCUAUAUGUGGUUCAAAGGAUUGCUGCAUAGUGAUUUUAGGUACCACUCUGGUACCAAGAUAAAUCCACCAGGUGUCUUCACCUGAAUAAAACUGAAGUGGCUGAUAUAUGCAGGUUGUAAUACGUUUAAUCAAUAAUUGUGACAUCAGAUUUGGGUUGUUAGUUAUACCCUACCUGGAUUAAUUUAAACUAAGGAUAUGGAGAAACAAUUGUAGAGGAUACAAUUGGCCCUCCAUAUCCACAGAUUGAACCCACCAUAGAUUCAACCAACCAAAAUUUCAAAAUAUUUUUUUGGGGGGGAAUACAAACAGAAAACUUGGAUAUUGCAAUUGUGCUGAACACUGUGCUGAUAUGUAGACAUACCUUGCUGAGCCACCUGUCAAUGUAAAGGAUGCCAUUUUACUAUGGAUUUUGAUAUCAGUGGGAGGUCCUGGAGCCCAGUCACAGUGGGGAUUCAGUGGAUACUGGGAAUCCACUGUAUACUGUUUCAGAUUUAUUUUUAAUAUACUGUAUAUAUGUUUGUGAAUAUUCCAUUGCUUGUUUUAUUGUCUGGUGUUAAAAUAUUGUACAAAUUUUGAUUUUUACCCUUACAUGGAGGGCAUUCUCUUUGAACUAUUGUACAUAAAGCUAGCUAGUCCAACUGUAUAUUUGCUCUAGUAGUUACAUAUUGCAAAGUUUCAGGUUUCAGAUUCUUCAGCUACAAACCAUGGGGUUUUACCUUUACAGAAAAACAAAACAGAAGGGUGCUGUGUGAGCACACUCUUGUUCUUGGUCUCCAAAUUCCAUGUUGUCUAGGGGAGAAAGCUGGGAUCUGUUUCAUAGGAAUUGUUUUGGGAAAUUGAAAACACAACUUGAGCUUUUUUAUCUGUUGUGACAUCUGACAGAUUGUGGGUAAAGGCAGAGACAGAGCUGCAAUGGAGAAGGAGAAGACGUCCCAUUGACAGAUGGACACCACUGGCUUCUUCUCAAUAGUGUAGUUCUUGAAGUGUGAAUCACAAAUUACAUGUCAUUCACACACACACAUAUAUGCAUUGUUUUUUUUAAUGGGAGUAGGCCACCAACAAAAACAAUGUGCUAUAACUAUAUUUUAAGGGAAGGAACCGGGGGGUAAAACCCUCUUGAAUAUUCUUCGCCUAAGAAAACUCUCUGAAAUGCAUGGUGUUAGUAUAAGUUGACAGUCAGCUUCAAAGAUAUAAACACAUCUUGUGAAGCAGUAAGAAACUGUGUAUUGCUAGGCGGUGAUAUUUUAUUACAGAUUUUUUUUUUAAAAAAAAAGAGUGAAGUGCAGUGUAGCUUAAUAUUCUCUUGCAUUUUUUAUUACAGUACUAUGACUAAUUUUUGUAUUUUUAUGUGUUUCUAAUUUUACUAUUUGUGUCAUUGCCAUAAACUCAUAAAAAUCUAUUGUUUUAAACAAA